AUGGAGUCUGAAAACACUAAACAUCCGGUCGUUUUACCCACUCGGCACAUAUUUACACGCUUGCUGUUACGGUAUUACCAUGAACGACUUCUGCACGCUGGACCACAGUUGCUGUUGGGAGUUGUUAGGCUUCGAUUUUGGCCGCUGGGAGGCAGGAGUGUAGUUCGACACAUUAUCCAUCAGUGUCAGAUAUGCUUCCGGUCGAAACCGGCGACCGUACAGCACUUUAUGGGAGAUUUACCAGCUCCACGGGUCACCGUAUCCCUUCCAUUUUCUCGCACAGGCGUCGACUACUUUGGACCCCUCUAUGUGAGACCAGCUCCCAGGCGAACGGCAGUUAAGGCUUACGUUGCUAUAUUCGUGUGUCUGUGUACCAAGGCAGUGCACCUCGAAUUGGUCACAGAUUUAUCCACAGAUCGGUUUCUACAGGCUCUACGGCGAUUCGUUGCCAGAAGAGGACGAUGUACGGAUAUAUAUUCCGACAACGGCACUAACUUUGUCGGCGCUCGCAAUAAACUGCUAGAAUUCCUGCGAUUACUUAAAGAUAGCCAUCAUAACGACAUUGUGUCCAAGCAAUUAGCCAAGGAAGAGAUCCAAUGGCACUUUAGCCCGCCGAGUGCGCCACAUUUUGGCGGUAUUUGGGAGGCCGCUGUCCGAUCAGCAAAAAUUCAUCUGCUAAAGGUGGUAGGCGAAACUCCUGUGUCCCCAGAGGACAUGAACACGCUAUUAGUCCAAGUUGAAGGAUGCCUGAAUUCUCGCCCGCUCACACCCAUGUCUGAUGAUCCGAAUGAUCUGCAGCCACUAACCCCCGCACAUUUUCUGAUUGGAGAAUCUCUCCACGCUGUUCCCGAUCCAGAUUUAUCAAGCAUUCCAAUGAAUCGUCUCACCCAAUGGCAGUUAACCCAACAAAAACUGCAGAACUUCUGGAAAAGGUGGCGCAGAGAAUAUCUUUGUCAACUUCAAGGCAGAACCAAACGAUGGAAACCGGCUGUUCGUAUCGACAUUGGAAAGCUAGUCGUUAUUAAAGAUGAUAAUCAACCUCCAAUGCGAUGGAAAAUGGGUAGAAUCGUGCAAACUCACCCUGGCGACGAUGGAACCGUGCGAGUAGUUACACUGAAAACCGCUACCGGAAUGCUAACUCGUUCGGUCGAAAAGCUUUGUCUGCUACCUAUUUCGGAUGACAACGACGACAUACAGUCAACAGAAGUCCACCAUCAGCAAUCCUAG